AUGGAUUUAGCGUUGGGCAAAAAGGGUGUUGAUUUUGCUCUGAGGAACAAGAAGUGGAUUUUACUAGCUGCGACUGGUUAUGGGGCCUUUAGGGUUUAUCAUUCUCCUUCAAUUUCCCAGAAAAGGAAGCGAAUCGCUAAGCUCUUCACUCUUCUCCUCAAUCUCGUCGAAGCAGCGUCCGAUUCCGCCGAAGCCGUUAGUGUGAUCAGCAAAGAUCUGACGGAAUUUCUCAGAUCCGAUUCCGAUCAAAUCCCGAACAGCUUCAAGCAGAUUUCCAAAAUCGCGAAGUCUGAUGAGCUCAAUUCGUCUCUGAUCAGAUUCACGGAAGCUAUGACCGUCGGAUUACUCCGAGGUUCCCGGUUAGAUUCCGGUGACGAUGAUUCCGGGUCGGGUUUUACGGAUCGGGUCAUGGAUAAGCUGUUCACGAAGUCCGGAUCGGGUUUCGCUUCCGCGAUCGUCGGCAGCUUCGCCAGAAACUUAGUCGUCGCGCUCUACUCCUCCUCCGGCGAAUCUCCGAUCUUCUCGAAUCCGAAACUACUCGACGCGAUUUGCUCCGACGACGGGAGAAAACUAAUCGGCGAUUGCGUUCAGCGUUUUGUGAGCACCGCGGUUUCGGUUUACCUCGACAAGACGACCGACAUCAACGUGUUCGACGAUUUCUUCGCCGGUUUAACAAACCCGAAACACGAGCAGAAGGUUAAGCAAACGCUCGUGACGCUAUGCAACGGCGCGGUUGAAACGUUCGUGAGAGCGUCGCGAAGACCAAUUGAACCGGAAUUGGACCGGUCGUCGUCUAAAAUGAUGACCGUUGGAUCAAAACCGACGUGGAUCGAUCGGGUAUCGUCGUCGUUGUCCGUACCGAGUAACCGGAAAUACGUGGUGGAUUUAACCGGGAGAGUAACGUUUGAGACGGUGAGAUCGUUGUUGGAAGUGUUGAUUGAGAGAGCGAAUGGUAAAGUGGAGAGUUACGUGGAGAGAGUGAGAGAGAGAGGAAACGAAACGAGGAGAUUCGUGAGGGUCAAAUCGUCUCUUCUUCAUAGUUUAUGUUUGUCUCUGUGUUUACAGAUUGUUGAAGCUCCAUGGAUACUGAAUCCAAGAAACUGA